GUCCGUGUUGACGUACUUUGCGUGUGGGACUUUCCAACAACUAACUUCACACAGCUGCCACACUGACGUUUCAUAUUUUUAUAAAAAUUUGUCAGGACGGCAGCCUUCAAAUUUAUUAAUUUUUGGUUAUCAUAACUAGGAUUUUCUAAUGAAUUAUUCCAAUUAACCCGUACUUACAUUCCCAUCAUCAAAAUCAAAUAAACCAUGUCGUCGUCCGCUAUUUACGUGUUGGACGUUAAAGGAAAGGUGUUAAUCUCACGUAAUUAUCGUGGUGAUAUAGACAUGUCUGUCAUUGACAAAUUUAUGCCACUACUUAUGGAAAAGGAGGAGGAAGGCCUGAUAACGCCAAUCCUACAAACACCGGAAUGUACAUUCGCCUACAUAAAAACGAACAAUUUGUACAUUGUGUCCAUAUCCAGGAAGAAUUCAAAUAUCGCACUGGUCUUCGUCUUUCUACAUAAGAUUGCUCAAGUGUUCGUUGAAUAUUUCAAGGAAUUGGAGGAGGAAAGCAUUCGUGAUAAUUUUGUCGUUAUCUAUGAGUUGUUGGACGAACUGAUCGACUUUGGAUAUCCGCAAACGACGGACAGUAAAAUUCUUCAAGAAUACAUAACACAAGAGGGACAUAAAUUGGAAAUUCAACCACGUAUCCCAAUGGCCGUUACAAAUGCCGUAUCGUGGCGAUCGGAAGGCAUUAAGUACCGAAAGAACGAAGUCUUUCUCGAUGUCAUCGAAAGUGUUAAUUUGUUGGCAAAUGCAAAUGGCAAUGUGCUGCGAAGUGAGAUUGUCGGUGCCAUCAAGAUGCGAGUGUAUUUGUCCGGGAUGCCCGAACUGCGUCUAGGUUUGAACGAUAAAGUGUUGUUCGAAAGCACCGGCCGUGGUAAAUCGAAAUCCGUAGAAUUGGAAGACGUCAAAUUUCACCAGUGCGUACGGUUGUCACGGUUCGAAAACGACCGAACCAUUUCGUUCAUACCGCCCGACGGUGAAUUCGAAUUGAUGUCCUAUCGACUCAAUACGCACGUCAAACCGUUGAUCUGGAUCGAAUCGGUGAUCGAACGAUUCGCCCAUAGUCGUGUCGAGUAUAUGAUCAAAGCGAAAUCACAAUUCAAACGGAGAUCGACAGCUAACAAUGUGGAAAUCGUUAUACCCGUUCCCGGUGACGCCGAUUCACCGAAAUUCAAAACAACCAUUGGAAGCGUUAAGUACGCUCCGGAACAGAAUGCAAUCACAUGGACGAUCAAAUCGUUUCCGGGUGGCAAAGAAUAUUUGAUGCGAGCUCAUUUCGGUUUGCCGAGUGUGGAAUGUGAAGACACAGAAGGCAAGCCACCGAUUCAGGUGAAAUUUGAAAUUCCGUAUUUUACAACGUCUGGCAUUCAGGUUCGAUAUUUGAAAAUUAUUGAGAAAAGUGGAUAUCAAGCGCUGCCAUGGGUGCGUUACAUUACCCAGAACGGUGAUUAUCAGCUGAGAACCAAUUAGCGAACACUGAAUUCGACCAAGACCUCGAGUUUUAGAUUUCAUUGCAACGUUGCAGGUCUGUUGCACUCUACUUUACAAAACUUAAACAUUUUUUUGGACCUAUUUUGUUUCAAAGAUUGUUGCUGGAGCCCAGACUAUUACGCACUAUUUUAACUUACGUUUCAUAAUUAUUAUCUUCGUCAAAAACCUUUUACGUUGUGGCUUCUUUGGAUUUUUUUUUUGUUUUUAAUUAGAGUCUAGAAUGGAAAAGAGAAAUGUUGCAAAUUAAAAAGUAUUAAAUUAUAAACUAUCCUGGCAAA